UAGAAUUCGUCGGAUGCGGCCCAUUCAUUUUCACGUUACGGAGUGUUGCGAUUGUAUACGACAAAUCUAUCAAAUGCACAGAGCAGCGAUGCGGGCUCCAGCGUGUUCUGUGGUCUGAAAAGGUAUGGACAGCACAGAAGGCACGUCAUCUGUUACGGACGAAGUACCGUCUAAACCAUCACCCUUUUCCGUGGCUUCGUUGUUGGCGGACACACAGCCCAGCAAGCCUCCGCGUGCAGCUCCAACCAGUUUUACCAUGGAAGGUAUACUUCGGGACACUGGCACCGAAACGUUGACUUUCGACCCUACCCAAGCAGGAUUAGUGCAUUUUACUUGGCCUCCUGCAGGAACGACGACCAUAAACUGUUCCACUCCUUGGUCGACAAUGCCUCAUCAUCAGAUAAUGCACAAGCCCGGUGAGAUGUCCAUGCUGCCCCCUGUCAAGUGUCAACUGAGGAGACAUAAAAGUAACAGGAAGCCUCGGACACCGUUCACAACGCAACAGUUGCUUGCAUUGGAGCGCAAAUUCCGUUGCAAGCAGUAUCUGUCAAUUGCCGAAAGAGCGGAGUUCUCCAGUUCACUAAAUCUUACGGAAACGCAAGUGAAGAUAUGGUUCCAAAACAGAAGAGCGAAAGAGAAACGACUCAAGGAGGCGGAAUUGGAGAAACUACGGAUGGCAGUGCGGCCACUAAUUCCAGGAGCCAUGAGCCUAUCCAGUUCCUUCGUGGCCCCCGUGAUCCCUUCCAUGGUCGGAACAAUACGAAGCUGUCCGAGGCUCAUGCACUCUGCUCCAUGCACGUCCGCUUUUACUGUUCCUCAGCAGCCUACCCUAAGAUAUCAGCACUCCACUUUGUAGACUAUCGCAUAUAGAUGGCGAUAUGUGCCUUUUUGAACGCCAUGGUGCUUCGUUUGUGAUACUGUACAUUAGCACUGCAUUGGAAACCACAAUGUACAGUGACACGUGUUGUUUUGUUUAUACUCGUCAUCUCAGUGCCGGAACUGCCAUGUUGAUCCGCACGUUCGUCUUCCGCACGGUAAAGCAAACAUUGUGUUCAUUUUGGCUGUGAUGACAUUUUUGACGGGCAAUACGCAAAGCUCCAGCUGGCUGUAGAAAACUAACGUAUGCCAACGUUGUUUACAAUUCUAUGUGAAUCUGCUCAGAGUCAUUCUUAGUCAGUGGGUCGUGAUGGAGUCUUUUUUUCUUCUUCUUCUUCUUCUUUCUUCAUGUAGUUCAUCGCACAGAAAUUGUCUUCCUGUCUACUACUGAGCUUGAUUCAGAACGCCGCCGAUAAAAUCCCUGCCGUUGGUGCCUUUCUUCUUUUUCAAGGCGACAGAAAGUCUGUUACUCGGUGGCAUUUGUGUGGACUUUAUAAACCUUACAUUGACUUUUUUUUUUUUUUAUGAGUCACUUCAGAUGUUGCUUAUACCGGGAAUGAAGAGUCAGAAAAGGCAAUAAGCCCAAAAACGCCUUUGAUCACUCGGGUGCCUUAGUGCUUCUAUGUUCUCAACUACUUCUCGCCUAAAACUUUUUUGUAAAUAAAACAAA